AUGCAGUCUUCCCUGUCUUUGCUCCACCUUAUCAGCCUGCUUCUUUACGCUGCGAUUCGGACCACAGGCCAAUCUACAACCUCGCUGUUCGUCCCUGUGGAGUACCCUUUGAACUCUUUUUCGGCAUCUGUCGUUGACAAUGAUGCGUCGGCAACCACCUUCGUGUUCGACUGCGCCACUGAUAAAUCCUGCGGGCCAGUCACAGUGAUCCAAGGUCCUUCGACCGCCAUCUUCACAGAAGCAGAUCAGCCGUACGUUAGCCUCUUCCUGCGAAUGUACUCAAUAUCUAAAGGUUCAAGUACUGAUUUAGUCGCUGAUGACAACAAAAUUAGAAUCACAACAGUAUGGAAGUGUGAGUUUACACCAUCGAUACCGACCGCGACUUGUCUCGUCACGUCGACAUCUCCAGGCUACAGCUCUGCUGGCACCAGCACCUCUUUCUACCCAUCGGAGUCGCCAGACGCGUUCCCCACCUAUCUGGUGGAAAUUACGGCAGGCUCCGUCAAUCUAGCAACGAUUUCAGCAAUGACUUCAUCCAUGGUGGACAUGGCAGCUGUGUCGGCAUCAAUACCUGCGAUUACUUCUGACCUGCUUUCCCCUUCGUUUCGCGGCUCAAUGGAUGGUUCAGCGGACGCUAUGAGCACAGCGGGCUCAAGUGCCACAAGUCCGACUGCUACUGGAACGACAACAUCGGUUGCUGGUCUUUCUAGCUCAAGCGCCGUUCUGGCAAGCACAGAAUCUUCGGCAACGAAUUCGGAAGCGUCUUCGAGCGGUGCAAUUCCCUCCGAGCCCAAGAUAAUGCGCCCCUCCGACCCCCGCAUCCGCCAAACCCUCAACCACAUCUCCCAGAACAUCGAGUCCGCCAACCUUACGACCCAAGCCUCCCUCUUCACUUUCUCCGAACACUACAUCUCCCCCUGCCUCGCCUCUCUGAGCACCUGCCUCGAAGCGUCCUGCCAGCCCUGCUUCGCGGUCCGCGACGACCUCCGCCAGAAGCGCCAGCGCCAAUCUCAGCACAGCCGACGGGGGCGCGGGAGGGAGAACCUCGCGUUUGAUUUCUAUGACGAUUGGGAGCAGGAUGAGAGUGAGUGGGGGAACGAUGAGCUGGAUCGGUUGCUGAAUGGGGAUGAUACGGCACAGCCGGGGAAGCAUGGGGGGAUGAGUUAUGGGAGUCGCGGGGUUGGCAGGAGGAAAGGUGGGGAGGGGGAGGAUGAUGUUAAUAUGUUGCCCAAGAGCAGUAUGUUUGGGUUCUUAAAGAGAUUGCCGUGGAAGAUUGGGGGGAGGGGGGUGCGAUACAAACCUAAUGUUGCGAAUCUGCAGGAGAAUAUUGGGAGGAGGGGUGUGGAAGCGGAGCCGUUGAUUGAGGAGGGGGAAGAGCGGGAAGGGAGAGGCCAUACGAGGAGUAGGAGUGGGACGGUGGGGAGUAGGAGUACGACCAACUCGUUAAGUUCGAGGGGUGAUCUGUUCCCGAGCGAUGAUGAGGAUGAUGCCGUGCCGUUGGAUGACGAGUUUGCGAUGGUGUUGGAGCGGCGGACUACGGGGACUACGUCUGAUGAUCACAGUAGUGGAAGGGCAAGGGGGAAGAGACCGUCUGGGUCCAGGGCCUCGACGAAGACGGGGUCGUCGAAGGACACGAGGAGUGUGAGAAAGGAAAGGAGGGGAACGUCGACUUCCAGUGGGAGAAAUCGCCAUCUGAUAGAGACGGCAGAAGAAGAUGUACUGUCGAUAAGUGAUCUGAAGCACGAAGAGGAGCGUGUCCGACUGCAGGAGGAGGCUGAGGUGGAGCAGAGACGGCAAGCAGCUCAGAGAUUGGCGCUUGAGCGUGGUUUGAGCAGUGCAGAAGAUGAAGCAGAGGAUCUACCCGAUAACCACGAUGUCAAAGGAGGUGCCAUUAUCCAUGACAAGGAGCUGCCUUCACCCGAUCAUGAAAGGUCGCCACUCGCAAAUCCACCACCAGAACUCCCACCAUCGAAGGUGGAACCCAGUCCUCUCGACCAGCCGCGAUGGCCAGUGAGAGAUGGAGCUCCUGAGCCAAAGCCUCCAGAUGAGCCAAAUCACUGA